UGCCACAGGCAGGAUGGGCGACGUGGCCAACAGUUCCAUCGAGUUCCACCCCAAACCCCAGCAGCAGCGGGAGGCCCCACAUGCAGGCGGCUUCGGGUGCACGCUGGCCGAGCUGCGCUCCCUCAUGGAGCUCCGGGGGGCUGAGGCACUGCAAAAAGUCCAGGAGGCCUAUGGGGACGUGGGCGGGCUCUGCAGGAGGCUGAAGACCUCACCCACCGAGGGCCUGGCUGACAACGCCAACGACCUGGAGAAGCGCAGGCAGAUCUACGGGCAGAACUUCAUCCCCCCCAAGCAGCCCAAGACCUUCCUACAGCUGGUGUGGGAGGCCCUGCAGGAUGUGACCCUCAUCAUCCUGGAGGUGGCCGCCAUCGUAUCCCUGGGCCUCUCAUUCUAUGCACCUCCGGGGGAGGAGAGCGAAGCCUGUGGGAACGUGUCGGCUGGGGCGGAAGACGAAGGGGAAGCCGAGGCGGGCUGGAUCGAGGGGGCCGCCAUCCUGCUGUCUGUCAUCUGCGUGGUUCUGGUCACGGCCUUCAACGACUGGAGCAAAGAGAAGCAGUUCCGAGGCCUGCAGAGUCGCAUAGAGCAGGAGCAGAAGUUCACCGUCAUCCGGAACGGGCAGCUCCUCCAGGUGCCCGUGGCCGCGCUUGUGGUGGGGGACAUCGCCCAGGUCAAGUAUGGAGACCUGCUGCCUGCCGACGGCGUGCUCAUCCAAGGCAACGACCUCAAGAUCGAUGAGAGCUCUCUGACGGGCGAGUCGGACCAUGUGCGCAAGUCAACAGACAAGGACCCCAUGCUGCUGUCAGGCACUCAUGUCAUGGAAGGUUCUGGAAGAAUGGUGGUGACGGCUGUGGGUGUGAACUCCCAGACGGGCAUCAUCUUUACCUUGCUUGGAGCUGGUGGAGAGGAGGAAGAGAAGAAGGAUAAGAAAGGCAAGCAGCAGGAUGGGGCGAUGGAGAGUAGCCAGACCAAAGCAAAGAAGCAGGAUGGGGCCGUUGCCAUGGAAAUGCAGCCCCUGAAGAGUGCAGAGGGUGGAGAGAUGGAGGAGCGGGAAAAGAAGAAAGCCAACGUGCCCAAGAAGGAGAAGUCGGUCCUACAGGGAAAGCUCACCAAACUGGCCGUGCAGAUUGGGAAAGCAGGGCUGGUGAUGUCCGCCAUCACUGUUAUCAUCCUGGUCCUCUACUUCGUGAUCGAGACCUUCGUCAUAGAUGGCCGGGCAUGGCUGGCGGAGUGCACACCUGUCUAUGUGCAGUACUUCGUCAAGUUCUUCAUCAUCGGUGUCACCGUGCUGGUUGUGGCUGUCCCGGAGGGCCUGCCUCUUGCUGUCACCAUCUCCUUAGCUUACUCCGUCAAGAAAAUGAUGAGGGACAACAACCUGGUCCGCCACCUGGAUGCCUGCGAGACCAUGGGCAAUGCCACGGCCAUCUGCUCCGACAAGACGGGCACGCUCACCACCAACCGCAUGACCGUGGUGCAGUCCUACCUCGGGGACACCCACUACAAAGAGGUUCCAGCCCCCAGUGCCCUGACCCCCAAGAUCCUCGACCUCCUGGUCCACGCCAUCUCCAUCAACAGUGCCUACACCACCAAAAUACUACCUCCAGAGAAGGAAGGCGCCCUCCCACGCCAAGUGGGCAACAAGACGGAGUGCGCUCUGCUUGGCUUCGUCCUGGACCUCAAGCGGGACUUCCAGCCAGUGCGGGAGCGGAUUCCUGAAGAUAAGCUUUAUAAAGUGUACACCUUCAACUCAGUCCGCAAGUCCAUGAGCACAGUCAUCCGCACGCCUGACGGCGGCUUCCGCCUCUUCAGCAAGGGCGCCUCAGAGAUCCUGCUGAAAAAGUGCACCAACAUCUUGAACAGCAAUGGGGAACUCCGCAGCUUUCGCCCUCGAGACCGGGAUGACAUGGUGAAGAAGAUCAUUGAGCCGAUGGCCUGCGAUGGGCUCCGCACCAUUUGCAUUGCCUACCGGGACUUUACCGCUGCCCAGGAGCCUGACUGGGACAACGAAAACGAGGUGGUGGGCGACCUCACCUGCAUAGCCGUCGUGGGCAUCGAGGACCCUGUGCGGCCCGAGGUCCCUGAAGCUAUCCGCAAAUGUCAGCGGGCCGGCAUCACAGUCCGCAUGGUGACGGGGGACAACAUCAACACAGCCCGCGCCAUUGCAGCCAAGUGUGGCAUCAUCCAGCCCGGGGAGGACUUCCUGUGCCUGGAGGGGAAAGAGUUCAACCGUAGGAUCCGAAACGAGAAAGGCGAGAUAGAGCAAGAGCGUCUGGACAAGGUGUGGCCUAAGCUGAGGGUCCUGGCGCGAUCAUCUCCCACCGACAAACAUACUCUGGUUAAAGGGAUCAUUGACAGCAACACGGGUGAGCAACGGCAGGUGGUGGCCGUGACAGGAGAUGGCACCAAUGACGGGCCAGCCCUCAAGAAGGCGGAUGUGGGCUUCGCCAUGGGCAUCGCAGGGACGGACGUGGCCAAGGAGGCCUCAGACAUCAUCCUGACGGACGACAACUUCACCAGCAUUGUCAAGGCUGUCAUGUGGGGCCGCAACGUCUAUGACAGCAUCUCCAAGUUCCUGCAGUUCCAGCUGACGGUCAACGUGGUGGCCGUGAUCGUGGCCUUCACAGGCGCCUGCAUCACUCAGGACUCUCCUCUCAAAGCCGUGCAGAUGUUGUGGGUGAACUUGAUCAUGGACACAUUUGCCUCUCUGGCCCUGGCAACAGAGCCACCCACUGAGUCGCUGCUGCUGCGGAAGCCAUACGGCCGGGACAAGCCCCUGAUCUCACGGACCAUGAUGAAAAACAUCCUGGGCCAUGCCGUCUACCAGCUUACCAUCAUCUUCACCCUACUUUUCGUUGGGGAGCUCUUCUUUGACAUUGACAGUGGACGGAAUGCUCCCCUGCACUCGCCGCCCUCCGAGCACUACACCAUCAUCUUCAAUACCUUCGUCAUGAUGCAGCUUUUCAAUGAGAUCAACGCCCGCAAGAUCCAUGGCGAGCGCAAUGUGUUCCAUGGCAUCUUCAGCAACCCCAUCUUCUGCACCAUCGUGCUAGGCACAUUUGCCAUCCAGAUUGUCAUCGUCCAGUUUGGUGGAAAGCCCUUCAGCUGUUCCCCGCUGUCCACGGAGCAGUGGCUCUGGUGCCUGUUUGUCGGUGUUGGGGAACUGGUUUGGGGACAGGUCAUCGCCACCAUCCCUACCAGCCAGCUCAAGUGCCUGAAGGAAGCAGGACACGGGCCCGGGAAGGAUGAGAUGACUGACGAGGAGCUGGCUGAAGGAGAAGAAGAGAUUGACCAUGCCGAGCGGGAGCUCCGCAGGGGCCAGAUCCUCUGGUUCCGGGGCCUCAACCGGAUCCAGACACAGAUGGAGGUAGUGAGUACCUUCAAGAGAAGCGGUUCAUUUCAGGGUGCUGUGCGCCGGCGGUCCUCGGUCCUCAGCCAGCUCCAUGACGUAACCAAUCUUUCUACCCCUACUCACAUUCGGGUGGUGAAAGCGUUCCGUAGCUCCCUCUAUGAAGGCCUGGAGAAACCAGAAUCCAAGACCUCCAUCCAUAACUUCAUGGCGACGCCUGAGUUUCUAAUCAAUGACUACACCCACAACAUCCCGCUGAUUGACGACACGGACGUGGAUGAGAAUGAGGAACGCCUGCGAGCCCCCCCUCCGCCCUCCCCCAACCAGAAUAACAAUGCCAUAGACAGCGGCGUCUACCUGACCACGCGCGGCACCAAGUCAGCUACCUCGUCACUGUUUUCUUCCAGACCCGGGAGCCCGCUCCACAGCGUGGAGACGUCCCUCUAAGCAGGACUGCUCUGGGCACGCGCACCAUGCACACAUGCGCACUCGGAUGGGCGGGGUCACGGGCCGCGAGGACUGUUGAAGAUGCCUGACCACCCUUGCCUGAAGCCAGUCCAUUCUAGGAGGGAGAGGAGGAGGAAGGAGAGAUCAGAGAGUGAGAAGAGUUGUGUGUCCUCCCCCCCCUUUUUUCUAUGGAAGCUUUUUUAAAUGAACACUGUCAUUCCACCAGAUGUUCACUGUUCCGGCGGUGCAGUGGGACAGAGGUCUCCUUGUCGUUUUGGGGUGGGGGGAGCACUCACUGCAGAGCAAUUGGAUCAACAGUUUCAACAAGGGAGCAUCACUCUGCAGGAAAGAUGCUCUCACCCAGGCAGCCCACCAGCCCAGCACCCCCUCCCCAGGAUGGGUGCAGUUGGUUUGUGUGUGCAUGUGUGCGUAGCCCCAUGUGUGUGCAUAUAUACAUGUGUGUGCACACAGAGGACCAGAUGAAUAUCUCAAGAAUAAGGAACUACUUAUUGGCAUGAUAUUUCCAUUCCUCUUAUCGGGUAUUUUCAUUUUGAAAUUUCAUUAUUUAUUGUGCCAGGGUCGUUUUUUGUUUUUUUUUUUUUUCCAGGGAACUAGACUACAAGAAUCUCCUUUUGGUUGCUUGGGGCCCCCCCUUCACUGCUCCUCCCCCCCACAAGUCCCCUCCAUCCCCCAUCCUCCCAGCACAGUUCCUGGGAGCAGUAAGGAAAGUCAAGGAAGGCAGGCUAAAUCAGAACACUGGGGACAUUUGCACUUUGAGACCCCUGCCUAUAGAGAAAAAAAAAGUCAAAAUUUUUCUUUCAAAGGAAAAUACCAAAGUAUUGUUGAGAAUGAUCCCCUCCAGUAGGUGGAAGGGGGAGUUUUGCUUUCGGUUUCCUUUGGCUCCAACUCCGAUUCUCUAAAUCCUGAAUUCUGGCCAGUGGGUGGGUUUUCUUUGUCUGCAUCUCCAACUUGAAGAGCACGAAGCCUGGCCCUGGAUGUGCCCGACCUCCUGGGGACAAUCCAGGAGAGCCAGGUCUGCAGGUGCAGGUGGGGCAGAAUGCAGAGUCAGAAAGAAAGCAAAGAGGGACCAAACCCAGGAGGAGCUGACUCGGCCACAGCACAGACCUCAGCCCCCAUCGGCACCUCCAGCUGGACUCCCACUCUGGUUUGGAGAAUGCCAAGAAGUCGCUGAGGUGCCCCUAAAGAGACUGGGAUCAAUUCUCAGUCACCCCUCACCAAAGCACUCUCCUGACCCUUGUCUUCUCACUCAAGGAUAACUAUGAUGCAUGAGGGCAUGGAUUUGGGUCUGCAGCCACCUAUGGUGACCUCGGGGAUGCCAAGCCCCUGGGGGCAAUGGUACCUCAUCUCUGUGGCUGUAAUUGCGAAGGUGGGAAGCUGAGGAGGUCAGCUCUGCCACAUAGUUGGCUGAGCCCACAUGGAAGGCUGGGCCUCAGUUCCCCGGACAGUUCCCUUGGGGAUCUCUCCUGGCAGUGUGAGCACCCACUGUGCCCUCAAUUUUCUCGAAUUUAUGAAAUCCCAGGAGGGAAAUGAAGAAAAAAGCAGCGGUUCUUUUACCUUCAGAAUCUUCUUCUGUCUCCCAUUUUGCACGGAGGUUGGGGUCCAACCACAGCCUGCGGCUGAGGCCUAGGAGCUGAGCCUCUGGGGGACAGUUGGGAGCUGAGGGCCGGAGAGGCAUUAGCUAGACCACUGGCAAGGCUGGUUCGCCCAUCCCGGGCCCAUCCCACAGCCCCUGGCCAGGGCUGGCCUGACCUCCACCUGUGUCUGUGCAUGUCUGGAUGGGUGGCAUCCCAAGCACGCUCAAGUCCCCACUGUUAACAUAACACCAUGUCACCCCUGAGCAGAAGUAGUCAUAUCUUGGGCCAAGGAAUUUCAGUUAGAAAGGCAAAUCCCACUCACAAUGCCAGCUACAGAUAACUUAAAGCCAUCCCUUUUUUCCAAAGGGCACAUUGAGAAUGUUACCCAUUUGUAAAUUGUUCCCCAAUGUCCUUGUUUAAACAACAACAAACAGGGCAACUCAAUUUGUUGCAGGUCUGUGUGUUCUUAAACAAGAAUUCAAAUUGGAAAUGUUGAAAUGGAAGAAGAUGCACGCAGAACACUUUGCUCACGGGCUUCUUUUCAUCCUCUGUUGUAGACACAUUGGUGGGACACAUGGUUGACAUAUAGCGCAAGCCUCACUGCUGCUAUCCAGUCGCCUCCUGUGCUCGGCGACCGUUUAGUCCCCGGGUGCCUUUCCACAGGGUGUGGGGUGCAGACCGCUGCUCUCGUUUCUGUGCGUCUUCAGACCAGGGGGCCCUGUCUCACCGGGAAGCCCCUCUCUCUAAAGCAUUAUCUUAUACGGAAUGGCUUGGUCAACUGUGUUCAGUUAUUAAAUCUGUUUUACAUUUUUAUCUGCCUGUUAAAAAAGAUGAACAAAACUAACUUAAUGAGGAAGACCACAGAUGCAUCAUAAUUUAAAGUCUGUAGUUGAAUAUCUUAAUUUUAAGACUAGACCAAAAUUUCUGUAUAUUAAAAAAAAAAAUGCAAGGCUCCUACAAUCUCA